AUGAAAACAGCUGCGAGCGCGACGGUCCUCGUCAUCGGCUCGGGUGCACGCAUCCCCAAGUUCCGCGAGUUCCUCUCCAUGGAUGGUGCACGCGAGUACCUCGAGGAGCUCGGCGAGGGAAAUUACGUCGUCAAGGCCGAUGGGUUCUGCGGUGGUAAGGGUGUCAAGGUGGCUGGAGACCACCUGAGCUCAAUUGACGAGGCGCUUGCGUACUGUGAGGAGUGCCUUCCACACUUCGUGCUGUGCGAGCGACUGCGUGGCGAGGAGUUUUCGGUUCUCUCUUUCACCGACGGCGAGACGCUCUCGCACAUGCCCGCCGUGCAGGACCACAAGCGCGCGUACGAGGGCGACCAAGGGCCCAACACGGGGGGCAUGGGCACGUACACGUGCGAGGAUCACCUGCUGCCUUUCCUCUCGCAGAAGGCGCUCGAUGAAGCGCGCGCAAUAAAUGGAGCGUGCGUGCGCGCGCUGCGUUGCGAACUCGGCGAGCUCUACCGUGGCAUCCUCUACGGUGGCUACAUGCUCACGCCCAAGGGUGUCAUGCUCAUCGAGUUCAACGCCCGCUUCGGCGACCCCGAGUGCAUCAAUUUGCUCGCGCUCCUCGACCAUGAGCGCACCGAUUUCCUUACGGUGUGCGAAGCGACUGCCAGCGGCGGGCUCGCACGCGUGCCCGUCCACUUCCAGCCACUCGCCUCGUGCUGCAAGUACGCAUGCCCCGAGGGCUAUCCCGACACGCCGCUUAAGGGCUUCGAGGUGGACCUCAGCGGCCUCGAGUCGCCCGAAUUCGCCUUCCUCGGUGCCAUCGACCGCGACGCUGCGGGCACGCUGCGCGGCACCGGCUCGCGCGCCGUCGGAGUCGUCGCGCUCGCCGCCGACCUCAACUCGGCUGAAGCGCGGGCCGAGCGCGAGGUGAGCGCCGUCAAGGGGUCGCUCUUCCACCGGAGUGACAUAGGCAAGGAGCCGCUCGUCGCCUCGCGCGUCAAGCGGAUGCUCGAACUGCAGGCGGCGGCCGCCGCGGACGGAGCCCCUGGGGGGCGUGUCGUGCGCCUUGGUGUGCUAGGCUCCACGCGCGGAUCGUCGCUGCAGCCAGUGCUGCGCGCGCUCGCCGCGGGUGUGCUUCGCCACGUGACGAUUAACCUCGUGCUCAGCAAUAAGAAGGACGCUGGCAUCCUGCGGCGCGCAGCGCUGCACGGCCUACCGCACGCCCAUGUGCCCGUGAACGGCCGCAGCCGCGAUGCGUACGACGCCGAGAUCACGCAGCGGCUGGAGGAGGCUGGCUGUGAUGCCGUCCUGUGCGUUGGAUGGAUGCGCAUCCUCUCGGCGCCCUUUUGCAUGCGCUGGCGUCAGCGCGCUCUCAACGUGCACCCGUCGCUGCUGCCCGCCUUCGCGGGCGGCAUGGACCUCGAGGUGCACUCGGCCGUGCUCGCGGCCGGCGUGCCGGAGAGCGGCUGCACAGUGCACUUCAUCGAGGAGGCGGUAGAUGGCGGCCAGAUCGUCGUUCAGAAGCGCUGCCCUGUGCUGCCCUUGGACACGCCCGAGAGCCUCAAGGCGCGCGUGCAGCCCCUCGAGGGCGUCGCCUUCCUCGAGGCGAUUGGCAUAGUGGCCGCCCAAGUGCGCGCAGCCGCCUGUUCUGACCCGCCUGCUCUGAGCUGA